UACACAGCCUUCUCCGAGAGUUUUGUCCAAGAUGGCGUCAACGCAGUUAACGGAUGAGGAGCUUUUCUCCGAACUAAAGCGUUUUGGUUUCACCCCAGGCCCGGUUACCGAGAACACUCGCCCAGUUUACCUCAAGAAACUGAAGAAGCUUCGGGAAGAGCAACAGCAGCGGGGCUCUAGACCAGGUAAAACCCGCAGCAGUGGGGCUUUCAACAGCACAAUUGGCGGCAGCAACACGGCGGGAUCCAGGCCAGCCAGCCAUGACGUCACGCACCUGAGCUCUGGCAGGAGACCGGGCCGGAAGUCCUCCGUCCUCGGCUUCAGCUCCGACGAGUCUGACGCUGAAACACCACUGAAAAGGAAAGGCCUCAACCACGGCAGCAGGGCAGGCCGAAGCCCCGGGUUUCAUCAGCAACCAAAUAUAAGACUUACACCCUCUAGUGUGGCUCCGAGCAGCCAGUGUGACGCUGGAAGUACGCGGAACAGCAACAAUUCCUCUCCGGCUCCGGACGGACACAGGAGCGCCUCGCUGGGCUGGGGAGUACGUGCCAGAUCCAGCGCUGAGGCGGAAGGGAGGGAUUACGACGAAUCCGGGGACGAGGACGAUUUUGAAGGAGAACCAGAGAAGAAAACCCGGUCUUUAAAUGGCAGUCGGGCAUCGCAUUUGAACACUAGCAAGCUAGCUGGGGAUUACUCCGACUCGGACGAAGAGGAGGUUGGGGGCCUCGGUGUCGAAGACCAGAAACGGGGCAGGUUAGAGCCGAGACACAGCCAGCCCAAAGACCUGUUCCCUUCCCGCAGGGUCGACCGAGGGUCUCCGACGGUAGGAGCGACGAGAGCGGUUAACCCACGCAAUACAAACAUGGUGGCAAACCAGAGGGAGGAGGAGGAGGGGGUUAAAAGAAGGGAGCUGGACCCGUCGGGAAGCUCACAGAGCCACAACUUUGCCAGGAAGUCCAUCUACGUAUCCCUCGCCGAAAACCACGGAGGGGAGACGGGCAAAAACAACCACGUCGACGGCGAGGAAGGAGCCUCCAGAAACAGCACCACCAGUAGGUUCAGUAUUGGACUGAGACCGCGCUUUUCAAACUACAGCAGCAUGUCCCAGACCUACAGGGGGAACCACUCCAACCACACAGCCCCCAACCACUCAUACAGCCCCACUGGGCUGAAGCACAGGCUGUCUGUCCCCGAGGAGGAGCUGCUCCAACAGUUCAAAAGGGAAGAGGUGGCCUCCUCCGGGAGCUUCAGCGCUCACUACCUGUCCAUGUUCCUGCUCACGGCGGCAUGCCUCUUCUUUCUGCUGCUGGGCCUCAUGUACCUGAGGAUGAGGGGUUCUGGGUCCUCGGAGGUGGACGGAGUCAUUCGGAGUCACCCUUUUGGCAGCGAGUUCGACUCUUCUUAUAACAAGACAGAGAAGGACCUGAUCCUGAAGCUGCUGCUGAACCUGCAUGACCACCUGGCCCAGAUUGCAGGUCAGCAUGACUGUGGGAAUCAGCACCAUCCAAACAGGAGUCUGUCCAUGGAUGAAGCCACUGUAUAUUUACUGGCUCAGAAUCAGGACUUUGGAGACUUCAUUCAGACGUCUCUGGAGUGGAUCAUCAGGACUGGCCAGAAUGUCGGAAUAAGGCUGACCGGGCAGGUAGCUGAUGAUCCAGUGACAGAUGUGUCUGAGAUCACACGGUUGGAGUCGACACAUCCCAAGAUGCCCUUCACAUGCCGCUUCCGCAGAGCCUUUCUCACUGUGGUCAGCAGAGUCUUGCUCAUUGCAGCUGUAAUUGGCUGUGUAUGGGGCGUCGUCUGCUAUGUGAAAUACCGCUGGAGACGGGAGGAAGAGGAGACGAGGCAGAUGUACGACAUGGUGGAGAGAAUCAUUGAUGUGUUGAGGAGCCACAGUGAAGCCUGCCAAGAGAACCAGGACCUGCAGCCCUACCUGCCCAUCCCCCAUGUCAGAGACUCCCUGGUCCAGCCUCAGGACCGGAAGAAGAUGGUGAAAGUUUGGGACCGGGCUGUGAACUUCAUUUCAGCCAACGAGUCCAGGGUCCGAACAGAAACCCAGCGGAUUGGUGGAGCGGACUUCCUGGUCUGGAGGUGGAUCCAGCCUUCGCUCAGCUGUGACAAGACCUCCUUGAUGCCCUCCAAAGUCUGGCAGGGAAAAGCGUUUCCUCUGGAUCGUAGGAACUCCCCUCCCAACAGCCUGACUCCCUGUCUGAAGAUCAGAAACAUGUUCGACCCAGUCAUGGAGGUUGGGGAGAACUGGGAUCUAGCCAUCCACGAGGCAAUCCUGGAAAAAUGCAGCGACAACAACGGCAUCGUCCACAUUGCUGUAGACAAGAACUCCAGAGAGGGCUGUGUCUACGUCAAGUGUCUCUCAGCAGAACACUCAGGGAAAGCCUUCAAAGCACUGCACGGCUCCUGGUUUGAUGGUAAGCUGGUGACCGUGAAGUAUCUGCGUUUGGACCGGUAUCACCAGCGCUUCCCUCAGGCCCAGGCCUGCAGCACGCCGCUGAAGGCCUCCAGCAUGCACAUGAACACCACCUGCAGCACGAACACUACGCCCCGCCUGCAGCACCGCGCCUCCACCAACUCCUCAGGCUUCUCAUGAGGGCAGGAUUCAUGAGCGCUGUGCCCUGCACCCUCCAAACGCCUCGGCAUCGGUCUGCUGCUGCUGCUGCUGCUUCUGCUGCUUCACCGCUUUUUUAUCAGGGGACACCUCAGUCACAGGAGAGUGUUCAUGCUCAACUUUUUUCUUGUUUUGUUUUGGGGUUUUUUUCCUGCAAGAGAAGCUGUUGAGCGGUGCAGUUUUUUUGUUUAUAGUAUUUGUAUUAGUAAUGUCAUGGAUUGAACAAGGAAGCAAUGUCCUUCUGGAAUAUUAAGAGACUUCAGGCCUCCUCCUUCUCUUCCACAGUCAAACUGAUGCCAUCAUGUGUCAUUUUGACACUAUACAGAUGGCUGCAUGCAUCGGAGUAUGCCUCUGUGUAAACUUUUCAAUACACCACCUGAAGAUGUUUGUUGUACUCCCAAUUAUUAUGAUUUUGUUUUUUUUUUUAAUUUAGUCAGCGAGAGGCCACAUACAGAGGGUGUGCUGUAAAUACAUGUGAAUGGUGGCACAAGCUUUGUCAGAUCGUUUGUAUUAAAAGCAAAACAUAAGCUCACGUUUUCUUGCUGCUCACUCGUCACUGCCGAUUGUGCAUUUGUAUCAGAACAAACACUCCUUUAGAGGCUGCAACAGCAGUGAAACACAGAUCAGCUGAUGGAAAAAGAUGGAACUGAUGUCCUGCCAAAACCUCGUAAAACAAAUGAUAUUUAACAAAUGUCUUAAUUUGCAAGUUUUCAAAACAUGACAGUGAUGCAUUUUGUUUUCCAAACACAAAACGUACCUAUAAAGCUAUCAGUUCAUAGUGUACUUCUAAUACAUCAUGUGUCAGAAACAAAUGCAGCUUGUCUUAAUUACCAAAAAUAUAUCCUAGAAAGACAAAAACUAUCAUGUGACUAAACUUUUCCACUGUGCUGAUGCUUAAAAAUAUCCUGAGUAUUUCAUCCUUCAGCAGCACGUGGCGCUCUGAAAGACUUAUGGCAUUGGUGUUAAAUCAUACCAAAAAUUAGCUUAAUGCAGGGGAUACAUUACUCACUUUUCAGCCAAGUUGUGUGUUACAUAUGUGAUAUUCAUAGUAAAGCUAAAACACCAGAGCUGUUAAAUAAAGCCACAGUGCCACCUGAUGUUGUGGAGGACAAAAUCCUCAGGAGUUCAGUGGAAAUAUUGUGCCAAAAGUCAUGUGAUAUUCUUUUUUGCCUUUAUAGUAUAUAUUUACUAAAAUAUGCUGCAUAACAUAAUAUGAUACCUAGUUGUAACAAAAAGUUUUAAUUUUAAAAAAUAUAUUGUUAUGACCUUUUCACAAUGUAAAGUAGUACUAAUAUUUUUCUUUUUCUGACCUGGCAGUAAUUUCUUUUUCAGUAAGUUUUUUUUCUCUUGUACAAAAUGCUAUAGUUUCUGAUGCAUGAUGAUUUACAACUGUUUUGUUUUUACUAGAUAUAUUUUGUAUGUACAAAACAAAAUGCAUCAUAUUGUCAGUUACAUUUUGUGUAAAGCGUGAAAUACACUGUUAAUGACCCAUGUCGCAUUUGUAAAACAUGUCUUGUUUUUUUAAUACGUCUUGGCAGGAAAUGAGCUCCAUACUAAAGCGCCACAGUGUGGGUGUUGAAUUCCCCACUGUUUGUUUUCUGUUCACUGUUUUCUAUAUGCAGUCUCCCCUUCCCUUCCAUUGUCCUUUAUUUUAUUCUAACUCUGGAACAGCUCACUGAAAUGCUGAGCGAUAUAACACAACAUGUAACUCAUCUGAAGCUUCUAGCCCAGUUAUAAUUCAAUAUACUCCAAAGUUACUGUAUAUUAUCACUUAUUAUCUUUAUUAUUUCCUUCUGUCAAAUUAAAGCAUUUUCACUGUCGGUGUGUCCCACGUUCAUUUGGGUUUCCAAACCUGUUUAGCAUCCGGGUCCACAUCAGUCCACUUCAUGACCUGUGCUUGUUUCAUUUAGACCGAUGGGGAAAAAAUGAAAUGACAGAAGUUGAAACCUGAUUGUGUUGUCAGAGAUCAUUGAUUCCCUCGCGUAUCGUUUCUGUUACUAUGUCACAUAGCAGUUGUCCAGCUCGUAUUCCAACUUCUUCCUCAUUUCAGUAUUUUUGCUCAUUUGUUUUUUUGUCAUUUGUAUCAUUACAAAAAUGCAAAAGAUCCAGGAAUUGCCAGACAUAUUUUCAUUAUUAUUGCAGUGAUAUAAGUAUUUGCGGUGUGAAAUUGUACAAAUGAUGCACACUUCAAAACCUGGUGCGACACUUUGGCAGCAGACGCCCCAACUGUGCCUUACAUUUGUGCUUUUUAGUGGCACUGCAUCACUGGAGAAUGUACUGACUGGGUUGAUGAAAUGUUAGAGGGUGACUUAGGCCUGCCAUAGAUGUAGUUUUCCUAAGACAUGGUCUUGUAGCAGUUUCCUUUGAUAAUAAACCAAAUACUCCUCUCUAUUUAUUACUUUUAAAAAGAAUUCAGCCAUGGUGAUGUUCUGUCACUUUAAUGUCAAUAGAACUGUUACAUAUGUGUCAUAACUUUUCCUCCAUCAAGGAUCAACCUUCCAAACAAUUGUCAGGAUGUAUAACUCAAAAUAAAGCUUUCAGAAAGAAGUCCAUUGUUAUUGCUGUGUUAAAGUAUCACUGUAAUCUAUUUUUGUACGUCUCAGCUCAGACUGGCUGUGUUUAGGGUGAAUGUAAAUGUUGGCUUGAUGUGAUGGCACUUCUUCUCCAGGCUUGUACUUCACCUUGAGAUGCGUCUCAGUAGAUGCAUUCUUUUUCCUACAAUGUAUUUUAUGUAAAGACUGUAUAUUGAUAUAACUGUAAUAUGUACUAUUAUAUGCAGCUUUGUUUCCAUUGCAUUGUAUGUUUGGAUUUCCCAGCUAUCCCUAACCUGCGAGCCAGAAGGGGGAGGUGUACAAUACUGCAGACGUUUAAAAAGAUGCUUAUGUUUUAAUGUAAUUAGUCAAUUGUACAAACAGUUCAAAUUAAAGGUUUAUUAGGGGUUUUUAA